CGCCCACGGAUAACGACGACCUUUACAUCUUGGAGUUCGCGCGGGAAAAGAACGCCCUCGUCCUCUCGAAUGACUGCUUUCGAGACCAUUGCGCCCGGGACCCGUCCUUGCGUCCAUUCCUGCAACGCAACCGGGUGUCUUACACGUUCUUUGCGAACGAUUUUUUGCCCAAUCCGGGGCAUGUGGGCUUGCAGGCUCUGAAAUCGAGAAGGAAUGAGGGACAGAAGGAGAUCGGAAGGCACUAGACUAGGUGGGAAUACUGAGGAGUGUGGAGCGUUGGUGGGGGAAAAC